CAGAUCAGCUUUUAUGAUAUACAAGAUAAUGUACAUCCUACCAGAAAAUUACAUGCCAAAUUGUGCUGUACUGCACUCUCUAUUUUACAUAAAAGAAUGACAUUGGGCUCAUCGAAGCAGCAAAAGGCCUUCAUGACUCUCAUCAGGGUAUUUUACUUGGGGAAGGUGAAAAGACAUAUUAUGCUCAUGUGAUGAUGUUCUCAUAUGUUGUGAUCUGAGGCGUUGCUUUUGUGCAGCAUGGAUGGGAGGGGCUGCUGCAUUGCUCUGCAGUGCAGUACUUCAUGCUGUUAGGUGGAAUGCUAUGUGAGGCAGUUAGGUGGAGCUACAGCACUGUUGUUUUUGUCAGAAGAGCACAGUUUCACUGAUGGUCCACCUAGCCGAGGAGACUAAACAUUUUAAAAUGCAGAGGUUUGCAAUGAAUACAAUUAACUCUUUGUUUGGGUGGAGUCUGGCUCUGGGAGUUCUGAUGAUCCCAGUGUUGUGUCAGGAUGAAGAGAGUGUAAUUACAGUAUGCCAAGAGGAAGAUAAUGACCUCAGAGUGGACUGCCUUCUGGAGCCCAGACAAAGCUACCACACAGACUAUGAGUUCUCCAUGUCUAAAGGCCAGAAGGAGAUCAUCAUAAACACCAACAUCUCUGGAAUCAUGCCUGAACCCAAGUUCAGGCACAACACGUUUGUGACAGAGCUUGAGCCAUAUGGAUUCAGGCUGACCAUUAUGAGCUUCACCGUCACUGAGAAUACAACGUUCAUCUGUAAAGUAACCAAGACCCAGAAGACUCUGUUUGUGGAACUGGACAGCAUCGAGCCCUGCUCUGCCAUCAGUGUGUUUCUACUGGGUUACCCUUGGCUCAAUAUUCUGGUUCCUCUGUGCAUCUCACAGCUUUGGGAAGCCUUUUAAGAGACAGCCAGCUAUGCCAUCAUAUUUCCUGAGUAUAACUAAAGUAACUCUGUAGAUUUAUCAGCACAUUUAAGUAUUUUUUUAUGCUUUUUGAUCUACUUGCUCUGCUUUUACUAUAAAGUAAGUACCGAUUGCUGCCUCUAUGAAGGUAUUUGUUUAUGCCUUUUUACGUGUCUAGUCUAAUCACAAGUAAAGACAUGUUGUGUGUGCAAUCAAUUAAAGGAUUUUUAAGAUUCUUGACUGCUAUUAAAAUCGUUGAUGAAGGUAUGUCAAGCAAUUGUACUGCAACAGUGCCAUCAAUGCUUUCAGUGAAAUGCACCAUAAACAUCUUGGGUCAUUAGAGUCUAGAUAAAUAAAUAAUUCCCAUAAUUUAUUGGCUUAAUUAUGGUUUUCCCAGCAAUUUGAAAUUAGACACUGCAAUUGCACGGUUUGAUGUUUGUGUGAAAGAAAACAUAAUUUAAUGGUAUAUAAGGUAUCAUUUUAAUUUGAUCAGUAGUUUGUUUUGAAAAUGCUAUUGCCUUCUCAGAAAAUGUAUCUUUAAUAAAAUGUAUCACUGGUGUUA